ACCAUUUUCCAGCAGCUCCACAAAGCCUGAAACUCAGGACAGCAGGAUGAUUAACAGUGGACAGUUACAGUGGACAACUACUGAGGACAGUUCAGUGGACAGUUACUGAGGACGGUUACAGUGGACAGUUACUGAGGACAGUUCAGUGGACAGUUACUGAGGACGGUUCCAGUGGACAGUUACUGAGGACGGUUCAGUGGACAGUUACUGAGGACGGUUCAGUGGACAGUUACUGAGGACAGUUACAGUGGACAACUACUGAGGACAGUUACAGUGGACAGUUACUGAGGACGGUUACAGUGGACAGUUACUGGGGACAGUUCAAUGGACAGUUACUGGGGGCGGUUACUGGGGACAGUUCAGUGGACAGUUACUGGGGACGGUUACUGGAAUAGUUUCAGAGGAAUUUACUGUGGUAAUUGUCCCCUGGAUGGUUCCUGUACACAGAUACUGAUGGCGCUGUGGUCAAUCGUCCGUCAGUUCCCAAAGUCUCCCAAAGCGCUGCUGACUGUGGGCAGCCUUUUGACUGCUUACAUCAUGAUGAUUCCCCUUUUCAGCGAACUGCAUCCGGCCAAUCAGACGCAGGAGUUUUACCACAAAGUGCGCUGUUCCCGCCUCCAGGCCAAGAUCUCCAACAUGAGCACCACGAAAAAGAUGGACAUGCAGGCGUUUUGUGUUGCUUUAGAUGAUCUCUUCACCUGUUCUGUCAAACCCAACAUCACUCUCAGGGAAACAUAUAGAGUGCAGUUGCGUUCCUGCUGUAAUGCGUCCGGUUCUCUGUUCCUGACCCAGAAGAACUCUGAGGUUAACCAGAGCGUUCCAUAUGAAACCAGGCCAAACGUCAAAUACAAACUCACACCUGACGUGUACAGCAAGCUGCCUCAGGACAUGCCCUGGAGGGGGCGCUCUCUGGACCGCUGUGCUGUGGUGGGCAGUAGUGGGAUUCUACUCAACAGUAGCUGUGGAAGAGAAAUCAACAGUGCAGACUUCGUCAUCAGAUUUAACAUGGCUCCAGUCAAUAGCAGUGAUGUGGGUGUGAAAUGCGAUCUGAUGAACAUCAACCUGAGUCAGAUCAGCAGAGAGUUUUCUGACUUCAUGCGUAACGACAGCCGUUUAAGACGGAAGCUGGAUGGAUACACUAACACGACCUUCAUGAUCGCCGCCUUCGCCUACACAUUCUGCACUAAACAGUCCGUUAACCUGCUGCAGGCGAUGUGGCCUGAGCGCCACCUGCUGUUCUUAAGCCCCACCUACCUGCGCACACUGGACCAAUUCUGGAGGCGCCGUGGCCUGCGGGCACCGCGCCUAUCCACGGGAUUUAUGCUGAUCAGCUCGGCGCUGGAGCUGUGCCACAACGUGCACGUGUACGGAUUCUGGCCGUUUGGCACUGACCUGCACCAGCGCCCGGUGAAUUAUCAUUACUACGAUAAAAUACAGGCAAACCAUGCAUUCCACGCCAUGCCCGAGGAAUUCCUGCGCUUACUGCAGCUCCACAGCCAGGGAGCACUGACACUGCACCUGCAGCCCUGCACCUGAACACCAGGGGGCAGCGCUGUGGAGGACUAAAAUUCUGUGGAGGACUAAAACUCCAUUAAAAAAAAUGCCAUUAAAACGGCAAAUCACGGCACUGAUCACAGUAUUCCAUCAAUUCACCCGCUCACCCGCUCACACGCUCACUCACUCACACACUCGCUCGCUCACACACACACACUCGCUCGCUCACCC